AUGGGUUCAGUUCAGCACCCGUAUCCCCCAGGCAUUCACGUUCCAUGCUUGACAUGGUUCAAGUCCGACGCCACUCAGUCCAUCGACUGGGAACUCCAGGAACGGCAUCUUGAAUUCCUCGUGAGCAGUGGCCUUCACGGAAUUGUUAUCGCUGGUACCAACGGCGAGGCUGCGACGUUGACUCCCGAGGAAAAAUCACGCCUAGUGCGUCUGACUCGGUCCACGGCACAGAAGCUCGGUCGGCCCGACCUGCCCAUUACCUGUGGUACAUUCGGCGGAUGUACUCAAGCCAUUAUUGAAGAUACCAAGCUGGCUGCUGAGGCUGGUGCAGACUAUGUACUGGUUCUGGUGCCUUCUUACUUCCAUUUUGCCCUUGACUCGGCUGCGAUCACCGAGUUCUUCCAGGAAGUUGCCAGUGCAUCUCCUAUUCCAGUCGUUAUUUACAAUUUCCCCGGUGUCGCUGCUGGUCUGAAUGUCAACUCGGAGAUGCUGGAGACUCUGGGCGAACACCCCAAUAUCGCUGCGGUGAAGUUGACGUGCGGUACUAUUGCAUCGGUUGCUCGCACGGCGGCCAAGUUUGGUCGGGCGAUGGAUGGAAAUGCAAAGUUCGUUGCACUGGCUGGUCAAAGUGACUGGUUGGUUCCCUCUCUCAGCGUGGGUGGUGCCGGAACAGUUACAGGCCUGGCGAACCUGUACCCAAAGACACUCAUUGAGCUCUUCAACCUGUAUAAUUCCGGGGAGACGGCGAAGGCUGAGAAGCUGCAGCUUCAAAUUGCAGUUGCCGAGUGGGGAUUCGGCAAAGCAGGCAUCAAUGGAACCAAAUGGGUUGUUGCCAAGUAUUUGGGCUAUCCCGAAGAGAGCUCAUGCUGCCGUCGACCCUAUCCGAAGUUCCUGGAUGAGGAGAAGCGGGCAUGGGUGGCGAAGCAAGUGAAGAUGACGGGCCACUUUGACGAGGGAAUUUGA